CCUGGGAUUCAAGAACUCUGGAUGGUUAUGAAGCAGAAUUCUCACAUCUGAGCGUCCCUCCAAAAGCACCACUUUGAAGGGCCAAAAGCCAAAAUGAAAUUUAUGGCACUUGUGGUCACUGUUGGGCUAACUCUACUGCUAGGAGUCCAAGCCAUGCCUGUAAAUCGCCUGUCUUGCUACAGAAAGAUACUCAGAGAUGGCAACUGCCACAACCUUCCGGAAGGAGUAGCUGACCUGACACAGAUGGAUGUGAACGUCCAGAAUCAUUUCUGGGAUGGGAAGGGAUGUGAGAUGAUCUGUUACUGCAAUUUCAGCGAAUUGCUCUGCUGCCCAAAGUAAGAAAACACAAUCAUAAAAUGUAUUGCUAUGAAAUAUACACAUAACUUUUUUAAAGACACCUUCAUAAUGGGUUUGCUGAAAUUAAUCACACUUUUUAGUAAAAAUACUGUUCAAAACCAAGCUGUUUCCUGGAAUUAUCACCAUUGUGUAAGGAAUAUUUUCAUUUAAGAAAUGGAGUUUGACAGAGUUUAAUAAAACUAAAUGAAAUCCUAAAAAUUAGUAACACUUCAAUCUAUUAAAUUCUAAAUCUCCCAUCAGAUUUUUACCACAAGAAAUCUGAAGCGGAAUUUAGAAUUUAAUAGAUUUUUACCACACGCACACAAAAAAACUAGUAGCAGAAGUCAACCUCAAGGCUGCCAUCUUAAACCAA